AUGCAGAAGUUGAGGAGGGGGAUGGCUUGUCCUAUUCAUGAAGCCUGCAUACUUCUGUUGCUAAUACUUGGGUUGGUCACCCCAGCUGCCAUCAAUCAUGAAGACUACCCUGCUGAUGAAGGCGACCAGACUUCAAGUAAUGACAAUCUGAUCUUUGAUGACUAUCGAGGGAAAGGCUGUGUGGAUGACAGUGGCUUUGUAUACAAACUGGGAGAACGUUUUUUCCCAGGGCAUUCCAACUGUCCUUGUGUCUGUACUGAGGAUGGACCUGUUUGUGAUCAACCAGAAUGCCCUAAAAUCCACCCAAAGUGUACUAAAGUGGAACACAAUGGAUGCUGCCCAGAGUGCAAAGAAGUGAAAAACUUUUGUGAAUAUCAUGGGAAAAAUUACAAAAUCUUGGAGGAAUUUAAGCCCUCUCCAUGUGAAUGGUGUCGCUGUGAGCCCAGCAAUGAAGUUCACUGUGUUGUAGCAGACUGCGCAGUUCCUGAAUGUGUCAACCCAGUCUAUGAACCAGAACAGUGUUGUCCUGUCUGCAAAAAUGGUCCAAACUGCUUUGCAGGAACCACCAUAAUUCCGGCUGGCAUGGAAGUGAAAGUGGAUGCGUGUAACAUCUGUCACUGUCACAACGGGGACUGGUGGAAGCCUGCUCAGUGUUCAAAACGCGAAUGCCACGGCAAGCAGACUCUGUAG